GCACACAUACCGGCACAGUGGCGCUCUUACCAGACUCCGAGCUCCUUACCUUCUUCUUUCAGAGCGACUCGCAGCUGGUGUAUUCCAGAGAUCAGGUUGAGGGAUUUUACACACCAUGACUGUGGGACUCUCCAGCUGAGUUGCCGGCCGGCUUUUUGUGUGUGAUCACAGCUGGACAGGCGGACGGGGGGGCUGAACAGACCAGUUGGACAGAGACCGUGAAGAGGGGGAUCAUAAAGGCUGUCGUGUUGCCGGUAUCAUUGCUGGCUGAUCUACCAGACCUGCAUUUUUUGGAUAAAGAGCUCCCAUCAGCUGCACUGUGGCUGACCGGUGACCCCGAUCCGCAGCCUAACCCCCUUCUGGGCCACUGCUGUGCCAAUAGAGGUGGUCCGGCCGGGCCUGAUGUGGAAUUUGACCUCGACUGACCCUGUCCCACAAGUAGCCUUUCACUGAUCCCGGACUGGGGAAAAAGGAAGGAUAAAAGAGCAAGAGGGGCGACGGAGAAGAAAAGGAGAGAAGUGAGAGCAGCAGCACAGCAACCGCUCCUCCAGAAUGCCGGUGGAGACCCUGCGGCCGUCAGAUGGCCGUCUGGCCGGAGUUCCCUUCACCUCUGCCAUGCCCUUCAGGAUACUUAACAAGGGCCCAGAUUACUUCCGCCGCCAGGCUGAGCCCGGGGCCCGUAAACUGAGCGCGGUGGAGCGUCUGGAGGCUGACAAGGCCAAGUACGUUAAGAGCCAGCAGGUGGCCCUCACUCGUCAGGCUCCCAUCAAACCACCAAUCAUCCGCAAGCCCCUGGUUCCUCCGGGAAUGAUGCUCCAGUGCCAGAUCAGCACUCCUCCAGCCCGCAAAGUUCCCCGCUGCCCGGCGGACGUGGAGAAUGGAGGAGGGAGAGAGGGUCCAGUAGGGAGGAGAGGACCUGCUCUUAACUUGGAUAUUCUGAAUAAUCUAAUCAAUGAUGUAUGUGAUGGACCAUUGCCCUCUUCCCAGUCCUCUUCCUCCACCUCCCCCUCCUCAUCGUCUCCUUCAUCGGGAGCUAAGAGCAUCGGGAGUAGCCUGUCAGCAGAACAGGAGAGGAGCAACCGACUCCUCAACAACCUCAAACCUUUGAAUCAUGGCACCACCAACUCGUCAUCCACCUCUUCCUCAACUUCCUCUCCGCUCAAUAACAACCUCCGGACCCCUGCAGCAGAACUCACCCGACGUCCACCCCCUAUCCCGGCACGAGCACCUCGCAUCGGGGUUCCAGCCCCCUAUAGCUCCCCUAACUCGGUGACGGUGCGCAGGGUGGAUGUCCGGCCUCAAGCGGAGAUAAGGAAGCCCCAGAGGGCCCAGCUGCAGCCCCAGCUCAGGCCCAGACAGACUCCCCAAGGCCAAGUUGCACACCCCCAGGUUCCCCCUCCUCCACCGCCUGCACCCUCUCACAGCCAACCCCAACCUCAUCCUCAGCUCAACACCCCCUCCCAAACCCUGCCCUGCCCUCCGGUCUACCUGCCGCCCAGUCCCAUGCUGGUCCGAGCGGGCAUGAUCCCACCGGCCUCCCCCGCUUUCACCCGUAUAUCAAACGCCAGCUCCAAGGGGUCCGCCCGCAAGCACCCAUCCUUGCACCGCUCCAAAUCGGACCUGAGCGACCGCUACUCCCGCGCAACAGCCGACCUGGAGCGGUUCUUCAACUACUGCGGGCUGGACCCAGAGGAGGUGGAGGGGAUGGGCGGAGUGGAGCGCUUCACGAGAGCCAACUCAGACAUUGUGUCCGUCUCCAAGCUCCGCAGCGUCAGCACGCCUAGCUCAGAGUGCGGAGACGAGGCUGACCGGGCGAGGGAGGACGAGGACGACGAGGACGGGCCUGCCAGAGCCAACGACCGGGUCCCCUACGGCAUCUCCGUCAUCGAGAGGAACGCUCGAGUCAUCAAAUGGCUGUACGGCAUCCGUCAGGCGCGAGAUGCUAACAACGCUGUCUCUAACGUAUAGACUAAUGAGGACUUGAAAAGACUUCACAGAAAAAAACAGGGACGCAGUACUUUUUGUACGUACACACACGUAGAAGAAGGGAUACCCGUCUGUUGAUCUUCUGCUGCCUUACAUCAAGUUUAUGGAUAAUCCAGUAGCUGUUUUUUUUCUGUUUCCUGUGAAGACUUUUGUUUUUGGAAAAUUCUUAUCUGGGCUGCAAGUCAGGACUGCCUCCCUGCAAGACUAGAUGGACGAUACAUUUCCCCUUGUUCUUCACUUGAUCUUGUGUAACAACAUUGGUAUACGAAAGCAAUAAUAGACUGGUAUAAAUGAUGAUGGUGGGGAUGAAGCCAGAUGAUGUUUGCGAUUGUGGUUCCUCAUGUAAAGGUACUUAA